CUAACGUUACUUUAGCCUUAACGUUACCCUGCAGUUGGUUCACUCUCUGCCUAUGGACUGGCGCUCCACCUAGAACAUUUUUCACUUCCUCCCCCUGUGAACAGCAGUGCAUCGACACCCUCUGAAGACCAGGCUUCAGGUCAGUUCAUGAUGGCACAUCCAGCUGUAAUUGUCCAGCCAGCCAUGGUGGUGACCACUAAUAAUGUGAUGUUAAACCAGUGGAGCAGUGGAGUGUGUGACUGCUGUGAAGACAUGGGCAUCUGUUGCUGUGGUUUCUGGUGUCCAUACUGCCUCAUGUGUAAGACCAGUGAGGAAUUUGGAGAGUGUCUCUGUCUCCCCCUGCUGGAGAUAUGCUUUGGUGGCAUUUUGCAUCCAAUUACUCUCUCCAUGAGGAGCAGUAUGAGAGAGAGAUUCCACAUUAAGGGUUCGAUACAGGAUGACUGCUGUGUGGUGACCUGCUGCACUGUGUGCAUCUGGUGUCAGAUGGCCAGAGAGCUAAAGUCUCAACGGCACUCCCUAGUGGUCGUUAACCCUGCCGUCAACCCGGUUCACCAGCAGCCGCAGGCUUUCAACCAGCCUCUGCAACCCAUCAAUCCUGCCUACUAAUGACCUCAGUGCACACGAGCACACUUUAACCUCAAGCUCCCCAAAGAGCAAAAUCUACUGUUUUGUUGAAAUUACAUAGUGGAAUAUGUCCACGUCAUUUUAAUAUUUAUAGCCUACCUGUUUAACAAUGCCAAUAUUUUUACUGAACAAAAUAUUGAAUUUUUCUAUUUUUUUAACACUUUUCUUUAUAGAUAA